CCCAGCGGGCAUAAAGUGGCUGCCAGCCCGCAGGGCUCCCAGCCUGGAGGUGUCACCCCCAGCAGGCACGGGCCAGAGCUCAGGCACCCAGCAUGCGGGCACAGCUUACGCAGAGGAUGCUGCUCAGUCUGGUCCUCGGACUCCUGUUUCUGAGCACAGCGGCCACGGGCAGCUGCUCGGGCAAGUACCAAGGGCUCCUGGAGCAGCUCCGGAGCCAGGCGGACUACAUGCAGGACACCAGCAGACUCCUGGACCCUUAUAUCCACAUCCAAGGCCUGGACACGUCUGGACUGAAAGAACACUGCAAGGAGCGCCCCGGGGUCUUUCCCAGUGAGGAUGCGCUGUGGAGGCUCAGCAGGUGGGACUUCCUGCAGAUCCUAAAUGCCACGCUGGGCCAGGUCCUGCACAGAUUGACCACUUUUCAGCAGGACCUCCCCCAAUUCAAGGACUUGGGUAUGGUGAUGCUGUAUAUCCGCGGGUUCCAGAGCAACAUCCACUGCAUGUGCCAGCUGCUUGGCAGCUCCUCGGAGGCAGCUAAGCCCACUCAGGCAAGCCCGGCCCCGCCACUGCCCACCCUCGCCUCAGACGCCUUCCAGCGCAAGUUGGAGGGCUGCAGGUUCCUGAGCGGCUACCACCACUUCAUGCACUCGGUGGCCCAGGUCUUACGGGAGUGGGGGAAGAGCCCGCGCCGGGUCCGGAGACACAGCCCCCGCCAGGCCCUGCAGAAGGGGGCACAUGGGACCCACCUCUUCAGCAGAGGCAGGAGACUGGCGCCCAGCGGGCAGCUGCCCUGGUAGCCUUAGGGGCUCCCCUGGCAGGUGGAGGGUCAGCAGGUGCUCUCCAGGAUGGCACCUCCAGGGACCUCCAAACCUGCUCCUCUCCAUUCCCCAACUCUCAGAAGUGCACUUUAAGGGAUCUACCUCCUCCUUCUGGGCUAGGGGGAUGGGGUCAGGCCAUUGUGCCCCCCAUCCCUGAGUUCCCCCGUCCUGGGGGGAUGGCCGGGUCAGGCCACGCGGGGCCAACUUUCCAUUGAUUCAGGGGUCUGAUGACACAGGCUGACUCAUGGCCAGACUGACUGCUCCCCCUGUUCUGCUCUCCGGAGGCCUGCCGGCCCUUCCCUCUCAUGACUUGCAGGGCUGCUGCCCCCAGACUUCCUCCUUUCCGUGGUGGCAUGGUUCCAAGGAAGAAGUCGGGGCCUGAUCUGGCCUCCUAAGCCCCAUCUCAGUCUCAGGCCAGACACCUGGAUGUCUGGGCGACCUCACCUUAGGCAGCUGUGACAGGCAGAGUGUCCUUGAAGGAGCACUGAUCUGGGGGCGUCCAAGGAACCCAGCUCAGCCCCUAACUCGCUGUGUGGCCUCAGGCAGCUUGACCUCUCUGAAUCUGUUUUCUCUUUGUGAAUCAAGGGGAUUGGGGACCGUGUAAAGCCCUCUCUGCCUGUCAGUUGCUGGGACUCCCUGACACAGGGUGCAUAUCCAAUUCUCUCCAUAAAUUGGGACACGCAGGGUUGCAGACUGAGUUCUCUGUUCUUCCCAGCGCCUGGAAGCUCCAGGUCUUGGGUCCUGGCUGCUGGCUGCUCCCCCUGGUGGUACAUCGUGGAAUUUUCUCAUGCUGAAACCAUUGCCCUCUUGGAAGGGGUCCCAGAAGCUGUUGGCAUAUUUCCUCGGAGGGACAUGACUAAUUUAUCGAUUUUUAUCAGUUUUUAUCUGUUUACUAUUUAUAAGGCUUAUUUAUGAUGUGUAUUUAAUCUUAAUAUUGUACCUUCAGAUAUUUAAAAUU